AUGCAGCGCCCGACGCACGCCGCGCCCCAUGGGCCAUUCCGCAUCCCUCCGAUCUCCCGAUUGCCGCCCAGGCCGGCCCGUCCCUUUUCGCGCAUCCCUGUUUCUAAUCCCAUCCCCUGCCGCCGCAUCUCUCGCGGCGUUCCAGACUCGGCAUGCCGAUCGAUGGCCCCUCGCGGCGAUCAAUCGGGAGGGGACCGCGGCCAAGGGCCGUGGGCGGGGGCCCUGGCAGCAUCCGCGGCGGUCGUCGUGGCCCUGGCGUCGCUGGCGGGCCCGGCGGGCGCGACGGAGUUCAACAAGAUGAGCACGAGCGGCGACUUGUUCGACCCGAUGCGGUACACGGGGCGGUGGUACGAGGUGGCAUCUCUGAAGAGGGGCUUCGCGGGGGAGGGCCAGCAGGACUGCCACUGCACGCAGGGGAUCUACUCGCCAAAGCAGAUGUCAAAGGGAAAGAUAGCUCUGGAGGUGAACACAUUCUGUGUUCAUGGCAGCCCCAAAGGCCGUGUCUCUGGCAUUCAGGGUCAGGUGUCAUGUGCCCCUCCAGCUGAGCUCAAGCUGAUGCCUGAGUUUGAGACGGACCUUGAGAGGAAGGAGAUGAUUGAGGAAAAGUGUGUGCUGAGGUUCCCGGCCAUUCCCUUCAUACCCCCAGAGCCGUACGACGUCAUAAGAACGGACUACGAAAACUACGCCCUUGUCCAGGGGGCGGUGGACACAAGCUUUGUGCAGAUCUACUCGCGCACACCCAACCCUGGGAAGAAGUUCAUAGAGCAGCAGAAGGCCUUCCUGAAAGAGUUUGGGUACCCAAUAAAUGCCAUCCGCGACACGCCCCAGGACUGCCCUGUAGUGUCCAUAGACGCAUUGAUGGGCGCUAUGGGCAAGGACACAACGAUGGAGAGCAUGAUGAAGAACACGAUGCCAAGCAAUGUAACGAUUGCAGACAUACCAGGCGUGGAGUUUGCAGGGCCUAGGAACGUUGUUGAGGGAGUCAAAGACUUCUUGACACUGUUGCGACAGACGAAUGGCACUUCCAUAGAUUAG